AAUUUCGUCGGCGGCGGCGGUUUCACCUACGAUCUCUGAGAUUACUCUGUCAGUUGGUUCCUCCUGAUUCUGCCGAGUUUUUUCUGCUUUUCUUAAGCUUUAAAUUUCUAGUUUUCACAAUGCUUGCCCAUAUAUCCAGAAGGCUUAACAUCAAUGAUGGCGCCAGGAAUUUGUUCGUCUUCAAAACCCUCCUCCAAUGCUCCACCGCUACAGCAGCAGUAUCAUCUGCAAAACCCCAGAAAAAUCAUGUCUUGGAAGAAUUCCUGAUAAACUCAAUUGGGUUCUCAAGAGAAGAAGCCAACUCCUCUUCAUCCCUGAAGAAGGUAACGCGCUUGAAACCCAUGAAAAAAGAAUUCAGUUUAAUUGUCAAUUUCUUCCAAGAUUUGGGCUUCAGCAAAACCCAGAUCAAAAGUCUUCUUUUGGUAGACCCCCAUUUACUAUUCAAUGAUCUGGACAGAACCCUUAAACCCAAAAUCCGGUUCCUCCAAGAUUUAGGGCUAUCCGGAUCGGACCUAGUCAAGGUUCUUAUGGGUAACAAAACCCUUUUAGGGAGGGGUUUAGAUUCUCACAUCAAACCCCAGCUUGAAUUCUUGAGGAAUUUGUUUGGCAGUGAUGAUAAAGUAGUUUUGGCUUUGAAAAGAUGUUCUUAUUUGCUUGGCUAUUAUGCGCCCAGGAAAAUGGCUGGAAUUAUUCUUUUGUUGCAGAAACUUGGCUUUUCCAAUGACCAGAUCACCAAGCUUAUUAUUCAAAAUCCGAGGGGAACUCUGUGGUUAAACCCUGACAAGAUUGAGUUAGUAUUCGAUAAAGUGGAGAACUAUCUUGGCAUACCACGAGGGACGCCCAUGUUCUUCCAUGGAUUUACAGUCAUGUCUUCGAUUAAACAGUCGACUAUCGAUAUGAAAUGGGGAGUUUUGAGGAGUUUUGGUUGGUCUGAUGCGGAUAUACAUAACCUAAUGAGAAAUCUACCUUAUACUUUAAAAGUGUCAGAGGCUAAAAUGAGGAAAAGUUUAGAUUUAUUCAUGAAUGACCUUGGCUAUAGUCCUGCUUACCUAGCUUCCCGGCCUAAGAUUUUUUCUCUGAGUUUGGAAGAUCUCAUAAAGCCAAGAGUUGAGGUUAUGAAAAUUCUGAGUGAGAAAAAGCUGAAAAAGAGAAAUGCAAGCCUGUAUUCUGUCGCGAGCUACUCAGAAUCAAGAUUUAUCAAGGUUUAUCUUCUGCGCUACAAGGAUGAGAUACCUGACGUCUAUGAAUCGUACAUCACAAGACAUCUGAAGAAAAAAAUUGAGAACUUUUAAAUUGUUCAGAGUGAUUUGCUCUCUUCUUUAGGAAGAUUAACGAGAUCUGAAUUUUGUCUUUGUCAUUUUCUUUGUUUGUAUGGGUAGCUGUUUUAGAGAAGGUAGUCUUACUUCACAAUUGAUUGGAGAAAUUGCCAAUGCUUAUUAUGAAAACCAGAAAUAGAACAUGCAUCCACAUUCUUGAGGAUGAUCUUCUGCCUGCCCUACAAGGAUAAGAUACCUGAUCUGCAUAAAUCAUGGCUGGAAGCUGUUGCAAGGUAGAAGAAGGUUUGCAGACUUUGAUAUGCAGUAGCUUUUGAGAAUAUAAAGCGGAAGCCUGAGCAAUCUUCACGGCAUCAAUAGCAAUUCAGUUCUGACAACAAGGGCAAUGGCUUCAAGAGAGGGUGGUGCUACCGCUAUUAUGGGAAUGCUACUUCUCAUGCUUUUUCGCCUUGGCUGCUCUGCUCAUUGGAUCUUAUUAAAGUCCCUUGAGUCCAUUGGUGACCCGAAAUAUGAGUCAACCAGUGGAUUAUUCUGAUAGCCUGCCGGUUUGCCGAUGGACAUGGACGGUGGACCACCAUGCCAGUGAAUUUUUUUCAUUAGGCUUGCCGAUGAUGAACCAAAGGAUGUGGACCAGCCAAAUUAGUGAAUUACUCUCCGAAAAGCCUUCGCAGGGCCGAUGCGCUUCAAGAAUAUGGAUUUCUUUGUCGACUUCACAAACUCUGAAUCAGAGUGCAUGCACCCUAGCCAUCAAUAGAUGGAUUCUCUACACCAAAUGAUUUUCUUUUCCCCUCUCCUGGGAACGUAUAAUCCCUUUCCUUCUCUCUCUC